UGGCUGACCUGACUGCGUUUUUCUUUGCUUAUUAGGUCCUUGUAACGGAACACGAACAGACCAUGCCUCUUCCGGAAACCAUGUUUUGUGCUCAGCAGAUCAAAAUCCCCCCUGAGCUACCUGAUAUUCUGAAGCAAUUUACUAAAGCUGCUAUUAGGACUCAACCUCAUGAUGUUUUGCAGUGGGCGGCUGCGUAUUUUUCAGCGUUGUCAAAAGGCGAGCCCCUUCCUGUGAAGGAGAGGAUUGAAAUGCCUUUAGCAACAGAGAAAACAGAUGCUGGUUUGACCCCAGGACUCCUUAAAAUCUUGCACAAACAGCUUUCUCCCAAAGGCAUGGUGAAUGUUGCAGAACUGAAGGAAAAAUGGAAGCACUUGUGCUUGCCAGAGGCGCAGCUGAAAGCCAUCCUGCAGUUGGACAACUUUGGUGAGGAGGUGGAAUGGAUGAAGGUUCUGGCACUUGGGUGCAGCGUGCUCGGUGGGUCCUUGCUGAGUUCAAUGAAGCAUGCCUGCGAAAUCUUAACAAGGGACCCAGAAGGUGGAGCAGCUCGCAUUCCCUUCGAAACAUUCUCGUUCCUUUACUCAUAUUUGGCCAGUAUCGAUGGAGAGAUACCGGAGGAGAAAACUGAAGCAUUCCUCCACAGAAUUAAAGAACAAGCUGACAAGCAAACAGGCAUGGUGCUGCUAAGAAACUUUCUGACCCAGCCCUCAACACUGUUUUGAUCAAGCCUACUCUUCAGCACCAGGUGAGAGGAAGGAAAAAAAAAAGGGAAUAAAUGCAUGCAAGACAAUAAUUUGUGUUCAAAGGACCGUUAUUUGCACAUUACAAUACAAGAAGAUCCUCUUCUCUGGCACUUCCUUUUCUUUAUCCCACUCUUGAAAUUGCCCUUCAGUGGAUGUUAAUUGAAUACAUGGUUAUCCUGUUCUCCUGCCUCUCAAAUACUGAUGCUCACACCUAGGGAGUGAUACCUUCACUCACCUGUUUAUAUUGAGUAAAAGGUAUUUUGUUAUGGAUCUUCCUACCUGUACUUCAUGAGUGAUUGUAAGAAAAGAAGUAAAACACAGAAUUAAAUUUAGAGAAGACUGGACAGCUGUAAUUGCUGCAUUUCUCAUUACA